CUCCUCUCUUUCUUUUCUCAUACUGUUGCCACCAACUCUAUUACCUCUACAACUCUGUCUAUCUGUACAAUACCCAUUCCCCAUUGCCGAUCCACAUAUUAGCAUCCACACCUCCAUCCGCUUUCUUUGAACACCUCGCCUCCCCCAUCUCUCUCUCCUCAUCCAGACACGAUCCUCCUUCGCUGAUACGUACCACCGCCACUACCGCUACCACCGUUACCACCGCCGCUUCACAUCUACCGCGCCCAACUCGCUCGCUCUUCCUCACCAUCAGCCUGCCCCCCUUCCCUGCACUCUGCUCACUACAACAUGUCGACUACCCCCGCAGCAAUAGUCCCAACAACCGUGCCCAUCUACGCACCCCUACAGAUCCACUCCUACGGACCCAUUGACACCCCACCCGCGUUGACCUCCGUCUCCGUGGUCACAUCAUCCUACUCCGCGCCCACAGGUACUGCCCUCGUCACACCAACAACCAUGCCGAACGGUUCUUCCCGCGAGGGGGAUGAUUUCCAGAACUCGGGUGGAUACAUCUAUGUGGUCCUUGUCAUCUCGCUCGUCAUUGCCUUGGUGUAUUCCACAAGAGCUUGUCUCUCAAAGCGACGCGAGAGGCGGCGGCGGGUGAAGGAGCAGGAUUGUGAAGUCCCACCUGGAUACUCGAGUCACACGAACGACACCCAGAUCUUCGAAGGCGACGAGGAGCGCCCCUCCCCAUCCUCCUCCGCAUCGCCCUCACCAACCUACUCAUCCUCUGGACUAAUCCCCGACAUGUCCUCAGUACCUGCUUCCCUCCUCCCCUCACACCCAACCAUCGCGACCGUAUACUCCAUCCAACCACCCGCCCCAGCGCAUACGACAGCAAGCAACGCACGACCAAGGCACUCUCUUUCUGCAGAACCGCCGGCUUACGAUGACUUGUUAGGCCAGUCAAAGCUCCAGCGCUGUGCGAGCUCGAUGAGUAUUGCCUCAGAUACCAUUACGGCUGCCUCGGCAUCAGCGAAUCGGAAUCGAUCGUCGAGAAGGAGUCGGCAGUUAGCCUAGUUUAAAAACAGACGUUUGUGCAUAAAUACCAGGCAUUUCUUUACCUCAUAACGAUGGGUCCUUAUUUGUAUGCUUACUUAAAGGAUCGAAUAUCUUUGAAUACGAUGGAUGCAUGAAGCGACCCUCAUUCGGACAGGGGAUAGGAUACGAUUAAGGACCCAAUUGCUGUAGAGCCAUAGCGCAUUGUCCAUCUU